AUGAACUUCCUGCUGAGGGGCUGUUUUGUGGUGUGCGUUCUAGUUAAAGCUUCAACAGACUCGAUCAAUCCAGAAUUGGACAAUGAGUGGCUGAGCUGGAAAACCUUUCACAAGAAGCUGUACCAGGAGAAAGAUGCUGCGUUUAGAAGAAAUGUGUGGGAGCAGAACCUGCAGUAUAUUGAGAAGCACAACACGGAUUACUUCAUGGGGAAACACACGUUUGCUGUGGGGAUGAAUCAGUUUGGAGACAUGACCGUUGAGGAGUUCAGUAACCUGUUGAAUAGGCGAAACACAAGGCAAUAUAACAACAAAACAUAUAACCUAUUUACAGCUGAUGAUAAGACUGACCUCCCUCAGAGUGUUGACUGGCGCCCUAAAGGCUACGUUACCGGAGUGAAGGACCAGAAAGCCUGUGGCUCGUGCUGGGCGUUCAGUACGACCGGGGUCCUGGAAGGUCAGUGGUUUAAGAAAACGGGGAAGUUGAUCUCGCUUAGUGAGCAGUACCUGAUGGACUGCAGCCAGAGUGUCGGGAAUCACGGAUGUAACGGUGGCUACAACAGCCUUUCCCUCCUCUUCAUUAAAGAGAAAGGAAUCAACUCGGAGGAAUCCUACCCCUACACUGCCAAGAACGGAGUUUGUACCAGUAAGGAGAACGAGAGCGUGGCCACAUGUCAGGGGGUGAAGAUGAUCAGGAAGAACUCGGAGAGGGACUUAGCCGCUGCGGUGGCCACUGUCGGCCCAAUAGCUGUCGGCUUUGACGCAGGUCGUGCGUCAUUCAUGUUCUACAAAUCAGGCAUUUAUUAUGAUGAGGCGUGUAGCAAGACUGUACUGGACCACGAGUUACUGGUGGUUGGAUAUGGGACUGAAGCAGGAGAACCAUAUUGGAUUGUUAAAAACAGUUGGGGAGUCAAAUGGGGCAACAAAGGAUACUUCCACACGGCAAAGGACAAGGGCAAUAACUGCGGCAUUGCCAGUUCCGCACUCUAUCCUGUGGUGUAA